CGAGAAAGCAAAAGCGAGACGGUCAUCUCUGGAAUCUUUGUUGCUCUGUGCUGCAAGAAAUGCUUAUGCUACAAUUACCAAGGAUCAAAAGCAAAUAAGAUCUCGAAGAUAGGAGUUCAUUCAGCAGCACCCAAGAUUCCCUCCGCACUUAUCUUCUUAUGCUUAAGCCUCGGUGUCAUUCUUCUGUCUCUGUAGAAAACGAUACAGGCGACCCGGCGGUUUUAUGCCCGCAUUUACAACCAUACUUCGACGAGGUUUGUAGUAGCAUUAGAACUUUAGCUAUCAGUAACGCUCGUCGAGGAUCAUGAUGAAUUUUACCGAUUCGGUUUCUGCCUCUGACUGUCGCAUAAUUCUCAGGCAUUCAUUGGCCACGGCGAGAGGUAGAGGUUAAUUCUCAUCCUGUAAAGAUUUGUACUAAAAGUCAUUGGCAUUUCCAUUUCCACUUCUCAUCUAUCAUUAUCAAAACACAAAAUAAUGGGCAACUGGAAGAAGCGCAACGAGGCCAAGCGGCAGCGUACCUUGGAAAAUGCCCGCUUGGCGACACUGGAUGUAGUUGAAAAAGAAAAAAACAAAGCGGGGCUUUCUACCGUCGAAUCAAAUCUUUCACCCGGCGCCAAGAAUGGAGCGGGCGGUGAGGUGAAUGAGAACAAUGUCGGGCCACAUGAAGAUCAGCAUGAUAGACACGACCUCCACAGCAGGUGUAGUGACGACGGCGGUAUCCAAUUUGAGAGCCUCGCACUUGACGCUGCUCUUCUAAAAACCCUUCGCACGCUGGAUCGGUUUCAUUGCGCCGGGUGCAGCAGCCGGGCCAGCGUGUUUUGCCCGAAAUGUCUGACCCUGGACAGCCGGCUGUACCGGAAGAUGGCUACCGAAGUUGCGCUGGAAAGCGCGCAAUUCCCCAUCAAGUUGCACAUCAUCACGCACCCAGGGGAAAAGCUGCAGAAGUCCAGCGUCGCCGGGUUGAAGUUCUUGUGUCGAGAGUACUACCAAAACGGGUGGAUUCAGAGCAGCGAUGAACAAAUGAGGGAGGUGGAUGAAACACCGGUGCCCCAGGCCGAAACAAGAAAGCGCUUCUCGUGUUGGGAUUACAAUAUGGACCUUCGCGACGUUGUGGACGGUUCCUGUUCGAAGGAUGUCAGGCCGAAUAUUGUCCGUGCUGACGGCAAGAAGAUGAGGAAGAUCCAAACGGACAAGCUCCCGUGGAUCACCACGAGUUUGUUUCUGACCGAAGAAGAACUACAGGAGGGCAAUAAGACCAAGAACGAAUCGCCCUCCAUGUUUUCCUCGACAAGAGAAUUCUUCGAACUUGUAGACCUAGACGAUUGCGUCCUGCUGUUUCCGGAGGAUGACGUGGGAGAUUCAGCCGCGUGGGACGACGGUAUUAGCGCAAGAACGUUUUCAAGAAAUGGUAGCUUUUGUCCGGGAGGUCGUGGUGCUGUGCGUGGACCAGAUGGGAAAGAACCUAAGUCGGAGAUUGUUUCAGCGCAAAACGACCGAAAUAACAGCUCUGAAGCUGCUGCCACGGAAGGUGGUGGAGAGUUCAGUAGUUCAUCCCUUACUAGUCAAAAACCUAAAAUCGCGAUUUUGAUCGAUAGUACGUGGUUCCAGACAGAAAAAAUAUUGCAGUCCUUGCCCCAGGGUUUAAGAAAGUACGGGCUAAAGAGUCACACAACGCGGUUCUGGCGGCACCACGGACGCGUGCAGGAUCAGGGUCUCACGGAAAAACAUCUGAGCACGGUGGAAGCGGCCUAUUUCUGUGUGCGGCAAAUGUGGCUAGAAGAUGAACAGCGGCUUGCUUGCUGUGAGCAGGGGACGACAGACGAGGUGGAACUGGACGUCGAGGGCCUGCUGGUCAGCACAGAGAACAAAAUAGAAGCGGGUGAAACUUAUCAAAAAAAGUUUGUUCUGACUUCUUCUGCUGCAGGCGGUGAUGUUGAAAAGAACACAUUAGUGCAAGGCUGUAAAAAAAGGUCUUCCGGCAUCAGAACUGCAGAUGAAAAAUCAUCUUUCGAAAGUAGCAUGAUAGGCAGGUUUGAUAACAUGCUUCUGUGGUUCGCGCACCAGCACUCAGUAAUCGAGCAAAACAGAAUAAAAACACGAAGAGAAAAAGCCAUGAAGCAGUGACAGGGAAAGCAACUUCGUAUCUAAAACACAUUUACAACUGUCGUGUAUACGAAUUUCAUUCUCAGUUGUAGCAUGAAGACAUACUCAAAGAAAUUGCCUUGGCAUGAAAAUGACCACGAUCAUCAAUCCUUGGUCGUGUCCUGAGGAUAAUCAAGAAAUAAGCGACUACGACUCCAGUAUAGCAUAGCGAAAAUUGUAAUUUACACAGCGAAUAAAUUAUAAACACAGAUCCAUAUAAUUAGUGUGAGUGUCGAAGAACCUCCCCAAU